GAUAAUAAAGCUUUUCAAGGCUGAGCACUUCCUUUUGCUUCACUUGCCUCAUAGAACUGUAGUUUUUUCUUUUACGCAAUUUUAGUGCCACAUUCUUCUCUUUGCAAUGGACAGACCGGUGAUAUAUGCUGAUUUAAACGUAUCCAGGAAUGCUGGCCUUGAAAGCUCAUCACCCCCAUCUCUUCCUCAGAAUGUUUGUCAGGGUCCACCUUGGCAUCAAUUUGCUCUGAAACUUGGUUGUGCUGGGAUUAUUCUUCUUGCCUUGACUGUGAUUGGACUGAGUGUUUCAGUGAUAUUCUUGAGACAAAAAUCAACAGAGAAAAGCAGCAUGGAUGCUCAAGAGAACAGGAAGGAAACAACAGAGAGACCAGUUCUGUUAAAGUGCCCAACAAACUGGCAACGAAUCCGAGAUAAAUGCUUGUUUUUUUAUGACACUUACAAACCUUGGAAUGACAGUCUAGCUGACUGUUUCACAAAAGAAUCCUGUCUGCUGCUUAUUCAAGAUCAGGAAGAAUUGAGGCUCAUACAAAACUGGAUAGACAAAGGAGCAAUUCUGUUUUGGAUUGGAUUAAAUUUUACAUUAUCAGAAAAGAACUGGAAGUGGAUAAAUGGAUCCUUUUUAAAUUCUCAUAUGUUACAAAUUACUGGUCACGCUGAAGAAAACAGUUGUGUUUGCAUCUCAAGAACACAAAUUCUUUCCGAGAACUGUGCUACAGAAAAUAAAUGGAUCUGUCAAAAAGAACUAAAACCUGUCAAAAAUAAAGUAUGUUCUGCCACUUGACUACA